AUGAGCAGCCAGCCCAUCACGCGCAUCGAUACCCAGGCAGAAGCGUCCGGCUCCGGCUCGGGGUUGAGACCAUAUCCCCAUUCACUAGUGGAAUCACCCUCAAGCCUGGGCUCGCCAUCCACUAGUAUCGCUCCCGGUAACGCGCUGCUGGAUACCACGCGACGCUCGGCUAGGCGACCACCUUCGAGAGUCAUCAAGACUUUUCAGGAGGUGACGGUGACCAAGACGAUCAAUGCGGAGGAGUGGUAUGAGGAGUUGGAGUGUGGAGUGUGUGCGCACGUCCUCGGCGCGCCUCAAGCUCUGGUCCCCUGCGGCCACUCAUUAUGCGGUCCAUGUGCCUGGGAGUGGAUCAAGAAGAACAGCAACCUCACCUGCCCGCAUUGUCGCCAUCAGCUACAUGACUCGGUCCCCUUCGUUCCCAACAUCGUAGUCGAUCAGAUCAUCGAGCGCAAGCUCCGAGGCCUCCCAGAGUCAGAAGAGAAGACCAACAUCAUCACGGAACGAGAGGAGAAGGCCGAAGCGUGGAAGCUGGUCCAAGCGGCCCUGAAGCCCGUCGUACCCCGUCGCCGUAACCUCGACGACGCAAUCUUCGGCUUCUUUGGCGCCGAGAACAACAUCCAGAGCGCCCAUCAACGGCGCGCAUCGCGACACCUCCCAGAACUCGGCGCGCCCGUGGAGGUACCCGGUGCCCGUCCACCUCCGAUCCGCCGACCGACACAUCCGUAUGGUGCAGGUAUGAACCUCGCGGAGAUACGGCGACAUGAGGACGGGCAGCAGCUGCCCAGUCGGACGGAGUUGCGGCGGCUGCGCGAGGCAUCGUUCCGGGCUCAGCAGGACCUGCAACAGCAGCAGCUCGAUAUUCUCGAGGAGGAACCGGGGCCAGCGGGGCCGGCGAUGGUGGCGGCACCUCCACCUGCCCUGCAGCGGCGUGCGCUGGUCGCACUCUCGCCAUCUCCUCCACCGGCAGAAUCGUCCAAUCCUACCAGCGGAAUGCGACGGGCGAGAUCAGGCAGCGACGGUCCCGCGGGACCACGUCCGCUCAACACUCGGGCGGGAGGACUGCGGUCCAGGGCGCUGGCGGACAGACAAGCGAGGGGGCGGGGAUCUUCCAGGGACCCGCUGGUGCUGGUCUCGGACAGCGAGUGA